GCGGGCAGGCGUCGGGGGAAGGCAAGAAAUAUAUCUGCCGACAUAUACUAUCUACCACAGAAUACAACCUGGGUUAAGAUGGCGGGCGGCGGAGCGAGCGUCUGCCGGGGUUUAAUCCUGCUGCAAGCCCUGCUGGUUUUGGCCACGGCUCGACGACCCUACUUCAGCUCGCAGACUUUGCACGUUAGUGAGGGAUUGGCCACUGACCCUCAGGACCACAGGGUUCUGACUGUGGCGGCUGGUUUCACCGAUGAAGGACCGGCGACGCUGCUCCAAAGGAAUCAACGUCGGUGGCGCAGGAGCAUAGAUACCCAGCAGCAGCUAGAGGUUUUGGGACAGGUGAACCUCAAUGAUUCACACACUCAGAUGGUUGUUCACUGGGCUGGAGAGAAGAGCGAUGUGAUUGUGGCACUUGCCCGAGAUAGUCCAUUUCUGCAGGGACCUCACACAAGUUCAGUGUUCAUUUCAAAUGAUUAUGGAAAGACUUUCAAGAGAAUUGAUGAGAAGUUCAAACUGGAAGAUGAAACAAAAACACAGAAAUACAUUGCUCAGUUUUACCACAGCCCAAUAGAUAACAAAAGGUAUAUUUUUGCAGACCCCAAAAAUCACUACUUGUGGACCACUUUGGACUUCUGCUCUUCAAUGCAGCACGUCUCUAUUCCUUUCAGUCCAACAGAUCUUCUCCUGCACAGUACAAAUCCCAGUCUUGUGCUUGGUUAUGAUAGCUCUCAUCCAAACAAACAGCUUUGGAAAUCUGAUGACUUUGGACAAACAUGGAUCUUGAUUCAGGAGCAUGUCAAAUCUUACUACUGGGGUGUAGAACCAUAUGACUCGUCUACUACAAUUUAUGUUGAACGCCAUGAGCCAAUGGGUUCCUCUAGCAUCAUCAAAAGCACGGACCUCUUUCAGACUCAAAACCAUGAGAUUCUUUUGGAAGGAGUAGAUGACUUUCAGUUGCAAGGCAAAUAUAUGUUUGCCACAAAGAAGGUGCAUCUUCUAGGGAGCAGUGACCCAUCUGUGGUGCAGUUGUGGGUUUCAAGUGACCGGAAACCAAUGAAACGAGCUAAUUUCCUUACAAGGCAUCGAAUAACAGAGUAUUAUGUGGCUGAUGCAUCAGAAGAACAAGUGUUUGUUUGUGUCAAUGUUAAUAGUAACGUGACCAAUCUCUACAUCUCUGAAGCAGAGGGCCUGAAAUUUUCACUUUCCCUGGAAAAUGUACUGUAUUAUCGUCCAGGAGGUGCAGGAAGUACAACUCUUGUGAGAUACUUUGCAAAUGAACCAUUUGCAGAUGUUCAUCGUGUAGAAGGACUGCGUGGAGUCUACAUCGCUACUCAGAUGAAUGGAUCCUACACUGAAGAGAACAUGAGAUCAGUGAUUACAUUUGAUAAGGGUGGAACCUGGGAAUUAUUGGAGGCACCAACUUUUGGCAGUGAUGGUGAUCGAAUAGACUGUAAGAUAGAGCAAGGUUGCUCACUCCAUCUGGUACAGCGUUAUAGUCAGCUGUUGAAUUUUCAACAUCGCAGAGUUCCUAUCCUUUCGAAAGAAUCGGCACCAGGCCUUAUCAUUGCUACAGGUUCCAUUGGCAAGAAUUUGGCAAACAAACCAAAUAUAUAUGUUUCAAGUAGUGCUGGAGCCCGGUGGCGUGAGGCCCUCAAAGGUCCCCACUAUUAUUCUUGGGCUGAUCAUGGAGGCAUCCUGUUGGCAAUUCCUGAGGGAUCACGGACGAAUCAAGUGAAGUACAGUACCAAUGAGGGAGAGACGUGGAAGAUCUUCAACUUCACUAAAACAGAUAUUGUUGUAUAUGGAUUGCUUACUGAGCCAGGAGAGAAAAGUACCAUUUUUACGAUCUUUGGAUCAUUUGCUGAACAGUCCCACAGUUGGCUAAUAAUUCAGAUCAACACAGCAUCAGCAUUAGGUGUACCUUGUUCUGAAACAGAUUAUAAAUUGUGGUCCCCAUCCGAUGAGCGUGGGAAUGAGUGUUUGCUUGGUCGAAAAAUUGUCUUCAAGCGAAGAGCCCCACAUGCAACCUGCUUUAAUGGAGAAGACUUUGACAGGCCAAUUACAGUCAGCAACUGUUCCUGUACAAGGGAUGACUAUGAAUGUGACUUUGGCUUUAAGCUGAGUGAAGAUUUAGCUUCGGAGGUCUGUAUCCCUGAUCCUGAGUUUGUGGGCAAUAUGUCUGCUCCUCCUGUACCUUGCCCUGUGGGCACCACAUACAAAAGAACAAAGGGUUACCGUAAAAUCUCAGGUGAUACUUGCAGUGGAGGCGAUGUUGAGGCUCGUUUAGAAGGGGAAAUGCUGCCCUGUCCUGUGAAUGAGGUAAAUGAGUUCAUACUUUAUGCUCUGAGGAGCUCUAUUCAUCGCUACGAUCUCUCCAGUGGUACAGAUGAAGUGCUGCCACUUCAGAACCUGCGAGGCACUGUAGCUUUGGAUUUUGAUUAUGAAAGCAACUGCAUUUAUUGGGCAGAUAUUUCACAGCAUGUUAUUGAGCGUUUGUGCUUAAAUGGGAACACUGGCCAGAAUAUAAUAGUCAAGGAUGGCUUGCAGACAGUGGAAGCUCUAGCCUUUGACUCCAUUAGCCGGCUUCUGUACUGGAUAGAUGCUGGAGCAAAGAAACUCGAGGUUUCAAACCCUGAUGGGGACCUUCGUCUUACUCUCUUGAAUUCCACUAUAUUGGACCGUCCAAGGGCUCUUGUAUUAGUUCCUACUGACGGCCUGAUGUUUUGGACAGACUGGGGUGAAGAUGCGGUUGGAAUUUACAAAAGUGAGAUGGAUGCAUCACAAGCUACCCGAAUCAUUUCUGAUGGUAUUAAAUGGCCGAAUGGAAUUACUGUGGAUGGAUCUUGGAUUUACUGGACUGAAGCUUAUGUUGAUCGCAUUGAAAGAGCAGAUUUCAAUGGUGGUCAGAGAUCUGUACUGAUACAGAACCUUCCUCAUCCAUAUGCUAUUUGUGUCUUUAAGGAUCAAAUCUACUGGGAUGAUUGGUCACAGCUGAGCAUCUUUAGAGCAUAUAGCGUGAUGGCUCAAGAGUAUAAAACCCUGCUUACUGAUUUAACUGGAGUAAUGGAUAUGAAAGUGUUCUACAAGGGCAAGGCUACAGGCAGCAAUGCAUGUGUACACCAGACCUGCAGUUUGCUUUGUCUUCCUAAACCUAAUGGGAAAAGAUGUGCAUGUCCUGAUGGAGUGAAGAGCCUGUCUUUGCCAUCUGGAGAAAUGGGUUGUGAAUGUCCACAUGGCUAUAUUCUCAGGAAUACCACCUGUGUGCGACAAGAGCAUAAUUGUAUGCCUAACCAGUAUGGAUGCUCCAAUGGGAAAUGUAUCAGCAGCAUUUGGAAGUGUGAUAAUGACAACGACUGUGGUGACUACAGUGAUGAAAAGAAUUGCCCAACAGGUGUUUGUGAUCCCAGCUCUCAGUUUAAGUGUCGAUCUUCAGGGAUGUGUAUUCCAGCAGCAUACAUGUGUGAUCAUGAAGAUGACUGUGGGGAUAAUAGUGAUGAGGAGCAGUGCACAUUGAACAGCUGUAAGAGUGAUGAGUUUACUUGUGGCAAUGGCUUGUGCAUUCGGAGUUCUUGGAUGUGUGAUGGGGACAAUGACUGCCGAGAUUGGUCAGAUGAAGCAAACUGCACUACAAAUAAGCACACCUGUGACCCUAGUGACUUUACAUGCAAGAAUGGUAACUGCAUCCAGCACGGGUGGUUGUGUGAUGGAGAUGAUGAUUGCUUUGAUGGAACUGAUGAAGGAGAUGAUGUCUGUGCUAGGGCUGGUUGUAAUGGAUUUAAAUGCAGCAAUGGUACAUGUAUUGGAAUGACAGGACGUUGCAAUGGUGUGCCAGACUGUUCGGAUGAAUCAGAUGAGCAAAACUGCAACCCAUUGUGCUCUCGGUACUUUGAAUUCGCUUGUGAGAAUGGACGCCAGUGCUUGCAGAAAAUGAUGAUCUGUGAUGGAAUCCGACAAUGUGACGACGGUUCAGAUGAAGAUCCAAAUUAUGCACAUUGUACCCAGACAGAGGAGUUCAGUCGAACUUGUGAGCCCUUCAGUUUCAAAUGCUGGAAUGGAGUAUGCAUUAGCAUGGAAUGGAAGUGCGAUGGGGUGGAUGACUGUGGAGACUACUCGGAUGAAGCAAAUUGUAGGUAUCCUACUGAAGCACCUUCUUGCAUGAAGUAUUUUCAGUUCAGUUGCCAGAAUGGAAAAUGUGUACCAAUAUGGUGGAAAUGUGAUGGAGAGAAUGACUGUGGAGACUGGUCUGAUGAGGAUGGCUGCCCUGGUUCGCUUCCUGUUCCACACACUACUGAAGUUGCUUCGAGUUGUGGCCCCAACCAUUUCCGAUGUAAUUCCGGGGGAUGCAUUGUAAACCACUGGGUAUGUGAUGAAUACGAAGACUGUCGUGAUGGUUCUGACGAGGAAGGUUGCCCAACUUUUUCACCAAACAGAACAACUCUUUCUACCACUACGACACGGCCUGCUGGAAGAUGCAGCAUCUCAGAAUUUUCUUGCGCUCGAGGCCAUAACUGCAUUCCCAACUGGAAGCAAUGCGAUGGUCACCGAGAUUGUCGUGAUGGAUCAGAUGAACUCCACUGCCCUACCCAUGCUCCAUUACUCUGCUCAAAUGGAACCGUAUGUAACGAUGGAGAGACCUGUGUAAGCCCACUGGAACGGUGUGAUGGAUUUCUGGACUGCUCUGAUAACAGUGAUGAGGAGAACUGCUCAAGUGACACUACAGUGUACAAAAUACGUUAUCUCCAUUGGUCAGCUGAUUUCAAUGGUGCAAUUUCUUUAACGUGGAACAAGCCAAAGAAUAUGAAACCAGCAUGUGUCUACAUUGUAUACUACAGAUUGGUAGGUGGGGAAUGGAAGCACUUAGAAGCUGGCAAUAAAACUGCUGUUAUAAUAAAGAUUAUGAAACCUGACACAACUUACCAAGUGAAAGUGGAAGUGCAGUGCCUAAAUAAAGUCCACAAAACAAGAGAUGUCGUUACAAUACGAACACCUGAGGGUUUACCUGAUCCACCUCAAAAUCUUCAGUUAUCUUAUAUCAAAGAAUAUACUCUAUUUGCCCGAUGGAGCCCCCCUGUCAAUGCACAUGGUCUGAUUCGGGAAUACCUUGUGGAAUAUGCCCAGAAUAGACAAGAAGAAUGGACUUCACUGAAAAGUAUUGAAUGCCAGAAAAACAUCACAAAUCUGGAGAUAAACACCUUGUACAGAGUCAGGGUUGCCGCUGUUACAGGUCAUGGGAUAGGCAACUGGAGUGAUUCAAAAACUAUUUCCACAGAGAAAGGAGAAGCAAUUCCACCACCAACUGUUGACGUUACAAGUUCAAAGGAAGACAUGGUUAACUUGAAGCUACAAUUGGAUGUUAAGUUUAAGGUGGUCAGUUAUGUGCUGGAUGUGUCAUGGAUGUUUGAUACCCAUAUAAAAGAAAAGAGAACAUUGACUCUUGAUGGAGGAAAGACCUUUUUAUCUGUUUUAAAUUUAACUGCUGGAACAGAUUAUGAGAUUUCAACGUGGGCUAAAACAGAGAAGGGAGAUAGCCCAAUAUACAUUACACAUGCUAAAACAGAAGGAACGAUGCCAGCUGCUCCUAAACUUAAUGCAGUACCAAUCAAUCAGACUGCUGUGGAUUGCAGUUGGAGUGGCCCAAAUAAUGUGACUUAUGGUGUUUUCUUUGCCACGUCAUUUUUGGAACUGUAUCGGAAUCCAAAAACUGUUAGGUCAUCCAAGAACAAUCUCACGGUGAUGGUGAACAGUGAUGAGCAGUAUCUAUUUUUGGUUCGUGUUAUAGUCCCAUAUUUAGGGCCACCUUCUGAAUAUGUUGCUGUUAAGAUGAUACCUGAUAACCGGCUGCCACCUCGCCACUUGCACAUUGUGAAAGAGGACAAGACAUUAGCUGUACUGAAGUGGCAACCUCCAUAUGACCUGCUGAAUGAGAGUUUAACUUACGCAAUUCUUGUAAAAGAUUCCAUCCGUCAGAGUGAAAAAAGUUACAAGGUGGCCUCAAAGAACAACACAGUGGAAUAUAUUGUGAAGCAGCUGGAACCAGGUGGAAAGUACACUGUGGUCAUUAGACUGUUAAACAUGAGCAAAGAAGCAAGUGUCUCUCUAAACACAGUCCCUCUGUCGGCACCAGAGUCACUGAAAAUCCUACCAGAAAAAGACCACAUCCUGCUGUUCUGGAAAAGCCUCAGAUUAAAAGAACGGAGCUUUAAUGACAGCAGGGGUUAUGAGAUCCACAUGUUUGAUCAUACAACCAAUACAACUGUAUGUCUUGGGAAUACAACGGAUAAUAUCUUCAAGAUUUCUGAUCUGAAGGCUGGCCACAGCUACACUUUUACAGUACAAGCCAGAUGCUUGUACAAUGGACAGAUUUGUGGUGAACCUGCAACCCUGCUCUAUGAUGAACUUGGCAAUGCAGAUCCAUCAGCUUCCAAAGGUUCCAAGUCUACAGAUGUAGCAGCCAUCGUAGUCCCAGUCAUGUUCUUGCUCCUUGUGAUGCUGGGUAUUGGCUUUGCUGUGUUAUUUAUUCGACAUCGAAGGCUCCAACACAGCUUUACAGCCUUUGCCAAUAGUCACUAUAAUUCUCGAUUAGGAUCUGCUGUGUUUUCUUCAGGUGAUGAGCUAGGUGAUGAUGAAGAUGCACCCUUGAUUAACGGUUUUUCAGAUGAUGUACCAAUGGUAAUUGCAUGAAGACCUUGCUGCAAACAAGCGGUUUAAGAAUUCUUCUAAGAAGUCUCAGCAGCAGGAAAAAACCUUUUUAAAAAUGCACUUUUCUGAGUUGCAAUACAUUAUUUUUAUAUGGACCAAAAUUUAGACUUUAUUGUAAUGCGCUGUGAUAUUUGGAUAAGAUUGCAAGGUGUGUGGUGCAGCCCUGGUCCCUGACUGUAGGCUUUUGCACAGCUGUACUUCUGUUCCUUGUCUUCGGACAACUGAUAUAUUUCAGGUUAUUUGCUUGAGGGAUAUUACGGUUGCAAUCCCUCUUUCUGAUGGUUUAUAGAUUAGACUAAUUUAUCAGUCGAAAAUUUAAUCUUGAGGUCACAUUUCCAAACUAUUUUCCUUAAAUAGUCAUGUCUUAAUGAUUAUGGCUUUUAAAAGAAAAAGUUAAUCAAAAGAAUAUAACAAAUUUAUCAUAAUAUCACAUCAAAUAAAUUUGUUAAAUCAUGUAUUUAAGCAUUAGCAUGGCAAAUAUUUUGCAACAAAAAUCUGUUUAUAGUGAAAUUUCACUUAGGCAGUGCAAUUAAUCCUUUCACUAUUUUCUUGUAUCACUUUUAAACUAUCCAUUGAUUUAAAAAAAAUCAAAAAUUAUGCAGGCAGAGUUUUGGAAUAAUGCAAUAUACUUUUUAUUAACAACAUAAUCAGGAAGUAGGCCAUUGUAAUAUACUUCAUUUCCCCUUCAAUUUCAAUUUGUAUUAUAUCCAGAUUAUAUUACAACUAUUUCAGUACUCUUGCAUAUUCCAGCAAGAUAUAAUUUCACAAUAACCUUCAUUGAGUCAUACAAUAGCAAACAGCAGGAAGUUAUUUGGCUGAAGACUGUACCAGCUUUUGGAAAAAGCUUGUACAGUUAAUUUCAUUUGCACAUUCUUUGUUCCUAGCUCUGCACAUUUCCACCUUUAAGUAUUAAUCCAAUUCCUUUUUGAAAGUUUUUAUUGAAUCUGUUUCCAUUUCCCUUUCAAGUAAUGAAUUCCAGAUCAUAACAAUUUGCUGCUUUUUUUCAGAAAGAUUUUUUUUGCCAGUUACCAGAAGGGUGCUGAACAAAUGAAUGUACUACUAGGUCACAGCAGUGUAUUUCCAACCCCCCCCCCCCCCCCCCCCCCCCCCCCAAAAGCAGGGUUGUAGGUCCUCGUUUUCAGGAUAAACACGUAUUUAUCUUGUGUAGUUUAUAGUAUACACCAGCCCCAGUUGCCUUUAGUUGGAAUAGUGUCAGAUGGUCUAAUCCCAAAAUUUUCUUUAAAGAUUUAAUAUUCCCAAAUCCAUUAUCUGUUUUUUUUAAGAAAAAGAAUCCAGAUGUGUGCAGUCUGAAGUACAUUAACACUGAUGUACAUUUUCUCUUGGAUCUCUAUUUGCCUUCCAGCUUCAAUCACAGAACUACAUAGCUGCCAAUCUCUUGCCUCAAAGUUGAUGAGGUUGACUUGAAAGACUUUUGUUACCCGCUAGUAGGUGGAAGGGGAAUGGCAUUUCUCUGCAAAAAGAACCUUAGCGACCCUUUCACAAUUAUAAGGAAGGUAUAUUAGUAACCCAGAUACUUGCAUAUGAGCAGAUGCAUUGAACAAAUGUCUCUGCCCCAUUUGCCUUGCACUGAAAUGGAGCUGUUUUCUAAUUAUAUUGCCUUCACCUUUUCAAAAACCAACAUUAAUUUUGCUUCUGGAACUCAACUAGAUUUUUGUAAAUGUAUGCAUUAUAGGAAUAGUUUCCCACCAGAUCUCUUGUAAACCAGAAUGUUUUAAUUGACACAAAUGGGAUGAGUUGAAUAACUGGAAAUGGGCCAAAAAACAAGUAUUGAUUAUGCAUUGUUGCUAAGAAGAUGUGGUUAAUAUUUUAUCAAGAAAAUCUAUUUUGCAGCAAAAACACCCUGCCUUCUCUGUUUUUGAUUUUGACCAGUCUGCUGAGUGUUUUCUAUGUUUCCUGUUUCACUUUUGGACUUUUUUGCAUCUGCCUUUUUUGUAAAAAAUAAAAUUCAUCUCAAGAAAAUGACCCAAGCACUGCACGCCAUUUGCCAUUACUGCAUCAACAUGCUUGCCAUUCGCUUGGACCUCUGGACUAUAAAUUAUAUUCAGCCUUAUGACUGAUUAAUUUAUGCAUUUUAAUUCCCAUUUCACAAAGAAAGGAAAACAAUUUUAAAAGAAAAAGUUGUUACAGAAUCUUGAUAAAUUUAGUAGAUUGUUUAGAAACAGCACAGAGGUAGAACUUAAUUACCCAUCAUUCAUAACAUUAGAGACUGUACUAUGAAGGACAAUGCAUGAAUGAUCACUUUGGGACCAAAGGAUUGACUUCAGAUUAGUUUCAAAUUUCGUAUUACUGUGAUGUGAUGGUAGUUUGACCAUCAGAAACCGAGUGCAGCUUCAGCUUGGAGCUUAGAAGGUUGCCAGCAGCUGCCAGUUUUGCUUUGUUUCUGAUCAUGUUUUCAACAUAAGACAAAAGUGUUUGUCCUUGCUGUUAUUAAAACACCCAGAAGGUUUUAGUUCCCAGAUCUGGACAUAUACAGUAAGUUAUAGGAAUUUCCUAAUUUACUGCACUAGAUGGCUACAGUUCUUAAAUACAAACAUAAGAUACAGGAGUUGCCACUCCUCUGCUGGAGUCUGUUCCAUCAUUCAAUAAGAUCAUGGCUGAUUCAAAGUGCUGUCAUUUGUAUCUUCAAGUCCAAGCUCUUUUACACCAUAUUGUAAUUGACUUUGUAUCAAUUAGGAGCAAAAUAUCAUCUUAAAUUGGAUGAUUCUUUACCUUAGUUUAUCUUCCCCAAUGAUAAUAGAGUUAAGAAAAGAUUUACAGAUUUUAAUAGCUUUUAAUAUCGAUGACUAUUCUUAUGUUUUUACAAAAAGUUUCUGACUCCCAGAUCUAAUGCAGGUAAUAUUCACUUUUUGUAAUUAUACAACAUGUAAUUAUGUUUCUAUAAUUUGAUUUGAGACUGAAAAUGGGUUCAAAUUCUGUUCUGAAGAAUAACCAAAAAUAUGGAUCAUAAUAACAGUUAAGGGCUGGCAAAUAAUUGCAAUUGGAUUUUUAAACUAUCUUAAAAUAAUUUAAAUUGCCUUAAUUAUUAAUAAACAUUUCCACAACAUAUUAAUGCUCUUCAACACUUCUUUUCUCGAAAGAAUUGCCUCAGAAAUCCUAUCAGCAUGUAUUGACUACGUACUUAGUCAAAGUUUACUGAUGACACAGUCUGAAGGAAUGCAACGUAAAGAAAAAUCACCGUUACUAAGAGCACCAUGUUUUAACACAACUCUCCUUUUAUGUGAAAUAUUAACAGCUCCUAGUAGUAAUAGAAUAUCUGCCUGCAUUGUGGUGGUGAGUGUUAAACUGCUAAAUAUGAAAGUCCUACUGAACAAGAUUUAUAAUUAUAAUUUUGCUGAAGAAUUUUGCCUGUAUAAACUAACAUCUAUGGGAGUAUUCCACAGACUCCUUUAUAAAUUAUCCUCACUUUUUCAAAAAGUGUUGAAGUGUCAUAUAAACUUGUAGCCUUGUUUGCAAUCCUACUAUCUGAUUAUGUUGAACUUGAUGAGAACCUAUGUGAAAUUUUGUCAAAUGUGCACGUUUUGAAGGGGAAAAAUUGUUUUCUUUAUAUACUGUUUUCCCUUCACUCUGUCUUUCUAGUUGGAAAAUCCAUCACGUGAUUCUUGGCAACCUGCUGUCUUGUGUUAGAGAAGUUUCACUGUAUGGUAGUUAUGUGAUGCUGUGUUGAAGUGAAGCCUUUCUUAAAAUUGGUCAAUAAUUUUUGCAUUUUAUUUAAGUCACAUGAAUGUACUAUUUUACUGCUGGUGCAUAGGAGGGAAAUAUCCAGCAGGGCUGCUUGUUUUUAAUAUAUGGUACUACUUUUUUAAUUUUCCUGUAUUUUCAUUUGAUUUCUUGCCUUAAAGCUGGAGUGUUUUUUUCUGUAUAAGAAAAUGCUUAAAAGCCUUUAAAUCAUUCUGCCACAUCUGCCUUACUGAGUAAAUCUUAAGUGUCUGCUUUUGUGCAUCAGCCUUUAAUAAUUUCUCCCACACCCCAAUCCUCACAAUUAAAUUGCACAUAAAGAGUAACAUGCUCCAUUCUUCAGCCAGCCAGCCAGCCACCUAUCAGGACACUUUGUAGUUUUAGUGUACUCUAUUUGCUUUGAAAAUAAAUUUGUUUGCUUCAACUUUGUAGAGAAAGAAAUGCAUAUCAGAUUCCAAAGUUGCAGAUUGUACAAUGCACAGUGUACAAUAGUGGGUGUUUUGUAUAAAUGGAAAAUAUGUUUUUAAAAAGUGUAAAUUUUGGGAAAAUAAUGCUGUGGAUCUAUUUUUUAUGUUUGGUAGUGAUUAGAGAUCAUUGAAAGCACAGUAGAUGGUUUGCAUGGGGAUGUGGAGAGUACUUCUGUAUAUAGCAACAAUAUAAAUCAUGUAUUGCAUUUACACCUAUGUUCUGUGAUUUAAAAAAAAAUAAUGUUAUGAAACAAAUCUUGAAUUAAGCAUAGUUGUGCCAGAAAUCAUCAAAAUUAGUGGUACUAAAGAUGUUCAGGUUCAGAUUUUUCACACUGUGUUUUGAUUUUCAGGCUGUUGUGUUGUGAGACUUUGCACUAAUAGAAUAUUGGGUGAAUUGUAUGACUGAUCUCUGAUUCUUUUAAUCAUCUAUUGCUGUUAACUUUUGGAAGGGGUGCAAUGUGCUUUAAAUGUGGAUUUAUUUCACUUAAUAAAUUUUACUUGGAUCAAGA